AUGUUGAUAUUUGUGAUUGUCUCUUUCGUCCAGUGUCUUCAAGAAUAUGAAAUCCUUAUAGGAUAUCCUCAAAUAAUAGAGUAUUAUUCAACUCCAGGGAUAAUAGUCGAAUAAAAUCUCACAUCAACAUCAGAAAUCGAUUUAACUACUUUUCCUUGUUAAGUUAUGCCAUAGCAACUAAUCAAUCAAAAUAUGUUAGAUUAAUCAUUGCCUAUCAUUCCGUAAUAUUUGGCAGAAUAAUUUUCAUAAUAUUUUGAUGAUGGACAUUUUUUAGGAUUGAUUCCUCAUAUAAUAUCAUUUGUCAACAUUGAAAAUGAUGUAGCAAUUUUAACAAAUCAAGCUGAACUUAUAUACAUUCGAUUUCUAAAUGAAACUUUUAUUGUCUCAGACAAAAAGAAUCUCAACAUAAAUUUGACCAUACUAUAAUAUCCUAUUUUUAUGGAAAUAAUAAAAAAUCAGCUCAUAAUUAUAAUGUAUUCAGACACUGUUGGUAUAACUUUAGAUGUAAAUUCUACAAAAAUAUUUUCAAAAUCUUUUCGAAUUUAUGAAUCAUUUAAUACUAGUAAAAUCUCGAGUGUAGCUGUUGUUAAUAAUAUGUUAUUUAUUGCUAUGGGUGUUGGAGGUUUAAAAAUAUUCCAAUUAUCAGGAUAAAUAUUAGGUUCAAUUGAUUUUGGAUAUUCAAUUAACAAUGCUACUGAUUUAAAAGUAUUUCAUUAAUUUGAUGUUUAUUUUAUUUAUUUACUUGAUUAUGAUCUUGGAGUCAGUUGCUUUAUCUAUAAUCCUAAAUCUACACUUAUUUAUAAGAAUGAAAGAUUAGAUACUAUUCCUUAUUCUGGAGAUAUUCUUGAUAUUUAUAAUAAUAUUAUGAUGAUAGCAAGUUUUUAAAAUUAAGAAACUAUUAUAACUGAAAUACAAUUAAAUUAUACUGAUUUUAGUUGGAAAUAAGUGAAUAAACAUAUUAUCAAUUAAAUAAUUGUAGAUAUUGAUAUCUUAGAUCAUAUUGCUAUAAUUUUAGGUUAGAAUGGAAACACUGUAAUAUUUCAUUCUAUUCCAUCAUAAUAUUAAUUAAAAUAGCAACAUUUUAUUAUGCCAUCUUUACUUAAAUUAAACUUUAUCAAGUCUUAAGGAUCAUUAUAUCUAAUUGGUGUCAGUCUUCAUAAUUUUUAUUAUUCAAAAUUAGAAUUAAAGUAGAGUUACUUAUAUUGUUAUUUUGAAUAAGAAUAUUAAAUUAUAUUUGCUUAUUCCCAUAUUUCAUAAUGUAAAUAAACAGAUAAUUUAUGCAAUUAUACUAAAGAAUAUAUUGUUAAAUCAAUAAAACCUAUAAUUACAACAGAAUAAAAUUUGUUAAUUUAUUUAAUAUUAUUCUUUGUUGCAUUAGCUUUUAUUAUAAUUAUAGUAGUAUUAAUAAGAGAAUUCAAUAAAUAUCAUGCUUUCGUUCAUAACUUAGAUCCAAUAUGUCCAAAAUCAAAUGAGGUAACCAUGUAAACUUUUGACAGUCCAAAUAAAAUUAUAAAAUUUAAUUAGACUGGAGCCCAUACCUCAUAGUUCUCUAUAAUCAGUAAUAUGACUAGAUUAUAGUAAGUUUGA